AAUUUUUAAUCAUUGCCAUAACAAUCUUGAUUCAAAUUUUGUUGUCCUCUUCGAUUUAACAAAUUUUCAGAAUCCCUAUUGAAGUCUUGCAAAAAGCAUUGAGAGAUAGUUCGUUGGACAUUCUUUUCCUUCUCUCUCAGUUUGAUUUGAUAAUUCACCAUGAACGAUCUUCUCACUGAUUCAUUUGUUGGUGAGGCUGGUAAUGGCCAGCCUUCUAGAGAAAGUGACAUUGAAAUGGGACAGGCUCCAAGAAGCAACUCUGAUAUGGGAAUGGAAGCUUUUAAUAAGCAGAUCCAUGAGGUUGAUAAACAGAUCGAUAAGCUGGCGGUGCUGCUUCAAAAGCUAAAGGAAGCUAAUGAGGAAUCGAAAGCUGUUACAAAAGCAUCUGCCAUGAAAGGUAUCAAGAAGAGGAUGGAGAAAGAUAUUGAUGAAGUUGGAAAGAUUGCUCAUGGUGUCAAAACAAAGAUAGAGGCUAUAAACAAAGAUAAUCUAUCCAAUAGACAAAAGCCCGGCUGUGAGAAGGGAACAGGUAUAGACAGAGCAAGGAUGAAUAUGACAAAUUCCUUGACUAAAAAGUUCAAGGAUCUCAUGACAGAGUUCCAGACUCUUAGACAAAGAAUACAAGAUGAAUAUCGUGAGGUUGUGGAGAGAAGAGUUAUAACAGUUACUGGGACUAGGCCAGAUGAUGAGACAAUUGAUCACCUGAUAGAAACUGGAAACAGUGAGCAAAUCUUCCAGAGAGCAAUUCUAGAAGCAGGCAGAGGACAGGUAGUAAACACAGUAGAGGAAAUUCAGGAGAGGCAUGAUGCUGUGAAAGAGAUUGAGAAAAAACUUCUUGAUUUACACCAGAUUUACCUUGACAUGGCAGUGUUAGUUGAUGCUCAAGGAGAAAUUCUGGAUAACAUUGAAAGUCAGGUCAACAACGCAGUCGAUCAUGUCCAGAGAGGGACAACUGCACUUCAAAAUGCUAAGAAACUGCAGAAGAACUCACGAAAAUGGAUGUGCAUUGCCAUCGUUAUACUGUUGAUAAUAGUAGCUAUCAUAGUUGUGGGUGUUCUCAAACCUUGGAAGAGUAGCUAGUGCACUUGAGUGUGUGGCCCUGUACCCUUUUGUUCAUAACAUAUGCAUUUGUGUCAAAAGAACAUCUUAGAGCAGAAUUUUUAAGCCCUCUCUUAUAUUGUAUGAUUCAGAUGUUAUGUUUGUUUUGUGUGGUGUGACUGGUUUCUGGAUACAUUCAUUGUGGUGUCUCCUUAUAUAAAUUCAUAUUCUUUGUAGCCCUCAAAGGUUUAUCAUGAUCAUGGUCUUUUGUUUCCUUGUAUUAUUCUAUAAAGCUGUUUUUUCUGUCA